UGAUGAGGAAUCACUUCGUGGAAUAUCAAACCAGGAUUUCCUGUAGGAUUUCUGGGGACCCCCCCUGAGCUGGGAGGGAGCCCCUCCCAUGGAGAAAUCAAGAUGUAAUUUUAGAAGAGAGCAGAUAUAAACGAUGAAAUCGGAUUGAAAAUACAGAGAUUCCCCAGCCUGGCUCUGGCCACUGCACAGCAAAGUUAGCUGGGGCUGAGCGAGUGCAGCUCUCCUUCCCUGGGCCCCAAGGCCCUGCUCACGGACAUUCACCCUUCCUUCACCUCCAAAUCAGCUCCCUUACGUGUAUAUAUAUUUUAAAAAUCCAAGUCUUACUUUCAAAGCACACACUUAGUCUCAACUAGGGAAUCAACAGAAGCAGAAGCGAUUUUUUUCCCCCUUCUUGACAUCUGGCUUGCGAUUGGCUGGAAGGGGGUCAGCUGACUUUGUCAUUUUGUCUGUCCUGGAUUGGAGCCGUCCCUAUAACCAUCUAGUUCCGAGUACAAACUGGAGACAGAAAUAAAUAUUAAAGAAAUCAUAGCCCGACCAGGUAAAGGCAAAGGGAUGAAUUCCUACUUCACUAACCCUUCCUUAUCCUGCCACCUCGCCGGGGGCCAGGACGUCCUCCCCAACGUCGCCCUCAAUUCCACCGCCUAUGAUCCAGUGAGGCAUUUCUCGACCUAUGGAGCGGCUGUUGCCCAGAACCGGAUCUACUCGACUCCCUUUUAUUCGCCACAGGAGAAUGUCGUGUUCAGUUCCAGCCGGGGGCCGUAUGACUAUGGAUCUAAUUCCUUUUACCAGGAGAAAGACAUGCUCUCAAACUGCAGACAAAACACCUUAGGACAUAACACACAGACCUCAAUCGCUCAGGAUUUUAGUUCUGAGCAGGGCAGGACUGCGCCCCAGGACCAGAAAGCCAGUAUCCAGAUUUACCCCUGGAUGCAGCGAAUGAAUUCGCACAGUGUGUGUUUUGUGCCUGGAUCUCCAGGGGUUGGCUACGGAGCGGACCGGAGGCGCGGCCGCCAGAUCUACUCGCGGUACCAGACCCUGGAACUGGAGAAGGAAUUUCACUUCAACCGCUACCUAACGCGGCGCCGGCGCAUCGAGAUCGCCAACGCGCUCUGCCUGACCGAGCGACAGAUCAAAAUCUGGUUCCAGAACCGCCGGAUGAAGUGGAAAAAGGAAUCUAAUCUCACGUCCACGCUCUCAGGGGGCGGCGGAGGGGCCGCGGCCGACAGCCUGGGCGGAAAAGAGGAGAAGCGGGAAGAGACAGAGGAGGAGAAGCAGAAAGAGUGACCGGGACUGUCCCUCCCCCCUCCUCCUCCUUCGCCCCCCAGCGCCCCCUGACCACACGCUCUGUAUUUAUCGCUGGCACAACUGGUGUGUCUUGGCACCCUAAGGAGCAUUAGGGAGUCAGAUAUGGACCUGAAAGUAAACUCUGGACCCCCGCCCUCACCGCACAAACUCUCUCACUGCGCGCCGCCGCCUCUUCCUCCUCCUCCUUCUCCUCCUCGCUCCCUCGCUAGCUCGCUCCCGGCUUGUCUGCAGGCCCCUUCCCCCGCCCAGGCCUUGGGGGCUCUGUCCCUGAACCUCGCUUCAGACGCCCCUGUUCUCCCUCGAAUGAGGACUUGGCCUCCCACCCCCUCGGCGCCCCUCCCGCCCCUGCGCAGAGAGCCGGCUCCCGGGCCCGGGGCCUCCACUCCGGGGCCUUAGGGCCCGGCCUGGCGGCGGGGAGGGCGGGAGGCCCAAGGAGGGCGCGUCUUGGCCCCACAGACACCCCAGGGCCUCCCCGCAGCCCCUGCCCGGCCCCUCUGCCCCAGCAAAUGCCCAGCCCAGGCGAAUUGUAUUUAAAGAAUCCUGGGGGUCAUUAUGGCAUAUUACAAACUGUGACCGUUUCUGUGUGAAUAUUUUUAGCUGUAUUUGUGGUCUCUGUAUUUAUAUUUAUGUUUAGCACCGUCCGUGUUCCUAUCCCAUCUUAAAAAGGAAAAAAAAAGAGAGGGAAAAUUACAAAAAGAGAAAAAAAGUGAAUGACGUUUGUUUAGCCAGUAGGAGAAAAAAACAAUAAAUUUUAAAAAAUCCCCUCGUGUUACCCUCCUGUAUAAAUCCAACCUCUGGAUCCGUCCCCGAAUAUUUAAUAAAACUGAUAUUAUUUUUAAAAGUUUA